UAUAAUUUGCGGGUAGUGUGUGAGUAUUUAAAAAAAAACAGAUGAGUUGAAUUUAAAUAGGUUGGCCAACAGGAAGAAAUGGUAUGUGUAUUAAUUUAAAAACCGAUGUAAAUAUUUAUUUUUGAUGCGACACAGUUUAGCACGCAUGCGCACAACAGGGAUGACCGUUAAAUUCGCGAGACACCCCGAAAACGAGUAUGUGGUAUUUUAUUUAAGUUUCUGUAUUAAAGUACGUUAAGUAACGCUUCGAAAUUUAUCUCUAACGCUAAUUAAACGCAAACAUACAUGCUUUAGUUAAAAAAAAAUCACCAAAUGUGAAGUAUUCUCCCUGAAUGCUAGCUAAAAACACGACGUCCCGUGUUCCUGUCUGACGUCACACGCAAGGGAAAGUGGUCAAGGAGGCAGUAUCUUGCCUCGGCUUUGUAGUCUUUGUUGGAUGUGUGCUGUGGAUGACAACCGUCCAGCCCGUCGCAACAACAGCAGCAGCGGCGGCAGCAGUGUAUUUAUCAUCGCAGCAGCAGCCGAGGGGGGAGUGAAGUGAACCGGAGGACGGAGAGAGAAAGGAUUUUACGGACACCGACCCAAGCAUGGCUACCCAAACGACAGCAUCAUGCACUGGAUCCACUCUGCUGCAGCCAAUCAGCGAAAUUAUCAAUCUCCCUCUCGACCAGGUUAACUUUGUGGCAUGCCAGUUGUUCGCCCUGCUGAUGGCCGUGUGGUUUCGGAUCUACCUCCACCCCAGUAAGACCAGUCCUUUUAUCAGACAUGUGGUGGCCACUCUGCUGGGCUUCUACUUGGCUCUCUUCUGCUUUGGCUGGUAUUCCCUCCAUUUCCUGGUACAGAGUGGUCUUUCCUACAGUGUGAUGGUCUUCGCUGGCCUGGAGCAUAUGCACAAGUACUGCUUCAUUGUGACGCUCGGCUACCUGAUAUUGUGUCAGAUCACACGAGUCUACGUGUUCGACUAUGGCAUGUACUCUGCAGAUUUUACAGGGCCCAUGAUGGUCAUAACACAGAAGAUUACCAGCCUGGCGUUUGAAAUACACGAUGGGAUGACCAAACGAGAGGGGCAGCUGACUCCCACUCAGAAAUACCUAGCUAUCAGUCGGAUGCCCAGCUUGUUGGAGUACUUGAGUUACAACUGUAACUUCAUGGGCAUCCUGGCAGGCCCCACCUGCUCUUACAACGACUACAUGGCUUUCAUUGAAGGCACGGGCUACCAGCCACGCCACCAGGAGAACGCCAAUGGCAAGGAGAACGGGAAGUACAAGCAGAGCGAACCCUCACCCAAGAAUGACGUCAUCUCAAAACUGAGUACAUGUGCCAUCUCGCUGGCCAUCUAUCUGUCACUGUGCAAGGUGCUUCCAGUAGAGCAUUCCAUAGACGAUGACUUUGUCAGCUCCACGCCCUUCUACCUUCAGGUCGUCUACCUUUACCUGGCCAUGCUGGCUCUGAGGCCGAAGUACUACUUUGUCUGGACACUGGCUGAUGCUAUCAACAACGCUGCCGGAUUUGGCUUCAAUGGAUACAACAAAGAUGGCUCCCCACGGUGGGACCUGAUAUCAAAUCUCAGAAUUCUGGAUAUUGAGUUUGCCACCAGUUUUAAGAUGUUCCUGGACAACUGGAAUAUCCAGACAGCUCUUUGGCUCAAAAGGGUGUGCUAUGAGCGCUGUCCCAUCAACCCCAUGGCUGCCACCUUCCUGCUGUCGGCCAUGUGGCACGGGGUGUACCCCGGCUACUACCUGACCUUCCUCACUGGCAUUGCCAUGACCAUGGCAGCACGUGCAGUAAGGCACAACAUCAGACCGUACUUCCUGGUCUCUGACCCACACAAGCGUGUCUAUGAUGUCAUCACGUGGGCAUGGACUCAGGUUGCCAUAAGCUACACAGUGGCGCCAUUCGUCCUACUCGCUGUGGGACCCUCACUCAAAUUCUACAGGUCCUGGUACUUCUGCUUACAUCUCCUCUGCCUCCUGGUGGUAAUGGCCCUCCCCGUCAGAUCGAGACGCCGGCAGGCCGCAGAACAGCAGGACGGCCUACAGAAGGACAGCCUACAGGAAAACCAGAUGGACCACAGCAGCACAGACAACAACUGCAACCAGAAAGACAAAACCACAUGAGGUUCAGGAGAGCAACACACUUCCCUUCAGCAGCAGAAACACUGAGACGAACUAGAAACCACUGAGAGCUGGAGUGUGGCGAGUCUGUUUACCUGACAACGAACCAAAUAUCAGACGCUCUGAGAAUCCUAACAGACAGAAAACACACGUCAAAGUUCUGUCAAAACUUCCAGUAGCAAGGAUGACAGCAAUCACAGUUUCUGACACGGAUAAGAGACCAGGAUGUAACAAUGGCCACGGUGUAAACUAAUGAGUGAUAGUGGUUACUUAACAUUACAUUAGCGGAAAUGAAGACUUCCAAGCUGCCUUAAACCCUCUAUGUACUCGGCUGAUGACGUAACAGUUGGAUGGCACGCUGCAAGAACCUACAACCCUUGUGGUGUCGGCAGGUUGUACAAACAAAUAGACGCGCAGUAUGUGGAGGGUUUUUGUCAUUGUCUGGAUACAAGCCUCUGUCAGGUGGAAACAGAAAAUGUGUUCAUGUAAAAGAAACAUAACCUUUAUCAUCAGCUGCCAAUUUCAAACAGGCCUUAGGAUCCUCAAAACAUUGUUUGAUUUCUAUGUCUUUUUUAAAACCUUUAUUGGAGAAGAAUUCACAUUGUACGUGUUUUGUAUUUAGAUGUUUGUGACAACACUAUUUCGAUCCAUUCUCGAUGAUUUUUUUAUUUUUUUUUCCUGGGAUAAAUUUACCGGCAUAGAGAGUCCCAAAGUGGAAUUCAGAUCUCGUCCGUCUCCAGCAGUGGAAAGUCUAAAAAUGGCGCUCAAGAGUUUCUAAAUGGAUUUCUGUUUCUUUUUAUAUAUUUUUCAUAUCUGCUGCUUUUUUUUUGACAAACAUGACUCAUCAGAUAAAUGUGUGUGUUUCAAAGGGAGUUCUUUUACCCUGUUGUGAUUUCCAUGUCUUUUUUUUAAAGGAUUUCUGACCUGAUUUCAGGGGUGUGAUUUUCUUUUUUUCAUGUGUUCAAAACUAUUUAAUUAAUGCAAGUCCUAAAUAAUAAAAUUGUAUAAUUGGGGAAGCACAGUGGAUUGUUAACAUCACAGCUCAACACUCGUACAGUUUAAUUAAUUGUCUUAAAGGUCUGGUGUGUAGGAUUUAGGAGGAUAUAUUGGCACCAAUCACCAUAUGUGAAUCAUGUUUUCGUUACCUUAGAAUGAGCCGUUCAUAUCUAGAUUUGGAGCAGGUCUUCUUUCCUCAGAGUUGGCCAUGUUGUUUCUGCAGUAGCCCAGAAUGGACAAACCAAACACUGGCUCUAGAUAGGGUCAUUUGCAUUUUCACGUUUCUGUGUUGGCCUCCUUCUAUAUGCUUGGCACACAGGAGAAGUUUCAAUUGGUUGCAAUCUGCAUCUUCACCACUAGAUGGCUCUAAAUCCCACACACUAGACCUUUAAAUCCUACAAACACAACACAAACUCAGAUUACAACAUUCACUGACAACUUAUUUAACCGUCAAAAGGUUUUGUAGCCAUAAUUAUUACAAGCCAAUUGAAUGUAUGAAAAAGAACAGUUUCCAAAUUGAUGCACAGUGCAGGAAAGCACACAUUGUGUUGACGCUGCAAACCAUGUAUGUGUGCAAUUGGCAUCUGUCUGAGAAUAUCUGACACCGUUAUUUAUGUGUGUGACAUAAUAAUACUGUACAAAAUUCAAAGACAUAGACCAGCUGUUGUGGUGAAUGGUCUUAUUUCAUAUUGUGUGCACUUAUGUUAGAGUAGGCGAUGUUUCAGGGUGCAUUUACUGUAGGGUGAAAGAGACACUGGUUCCUCACAUUGUUUUGAUUCAUGGCUCACCUUAAGCCUUUCAAAUCACCCAGUUUACUCUUUAUAACACGCAGCUGUUCAAACAGAUUAGGUGAAGGAAACGUGGUGCAGAGGAGGCAACCUGUUUGGCACCUCACUGUUCAGACAGUCAGAAGACACAUUUUUAUGUAUCUGUGAAAGCAGGAGACAGUCCGGGGGUUGUCAAGCCCACAAUAUCAUAAACACUUUGAAGUUGUGCUUUUUUUUUUCUUCCUCUAAUUGUCAGUAAUUUGAGUUGGUUUGGAGCAUUUGUGUUGUGUAAAGUAAUAACAAAGCAGCAGAGGUGAGCUUUCUCAUUUCUUUUUAAGAUUUUUUCUAACAUUUGCAUAUUCCUGCCAUAACUGUGUGUGUACCAGUAUUCAUGUGAUCCGUACAUGUCGAUGUGGUCUCUAGUAAACUAUAUUUGUAGCCCGGGCCCUGUGGAGGCGAGCGUGGCCCACCUAAGGUAAAGGGAUGUCAUUCUACAAACAUAGCGAUUAUUGCACUGCAUGGCCACCCAAACCAGCAGAUCAAUGCAAACGGCUCCAUAUGUCCAAAGUGCCAAAUCAUGAAUGGCGCAUUUUUUGUUUUGUUUAGUGUGUAUGUGAGCAUGUGUGCCUGCGUGUGUUUGUCUGCGUGCAAAUGUGUCCAUGUAGUACGUGUGUGUGCGCGCCUGUGUAACAUAACGGUUAUUUUUGUGUCAGAAGGAACUUUAUUGAAAGAUUUGUAUAACAGUACAUUAAAAUUCUGAUUUAUGUGGCAAAAUAAAGAGAAAUUAUUUUUAAACACUAAAA